GGCAGUCGGGUCAGGCACUCGUAUCACCGUUACUAUAUUUAAUAUUAUUGUGCAGUGUAUUAAUGAUUGAAGGAUGGCUAAGCCGACAGUGUUUAUGCGACAAUGCAUGAUUUCCCGACCUCGUCGUGUAUCCACUUCAUCAUCUGGAAGGACCUCGACAUCACCCCAGCGGCACAAUGCUGUGGUACCUGCUGUUGCAAAAACAUAUAAACGCUUCGCGGACAUUCCUGGACCAAUUGCUCUUCCGAUGAUGAAGCAUCAUGAGCACGUAUUACCAAGAAUAGGAUGCUAUCAUCACACCAUUGGAUUAGGUCUGCUGGACAGCUUGAAGGAAAAAUAUGGAAGUUUGGUUCGUUUGGGCAAAACUUCCCGUAAGCGUCCGGUGCUUUAUGUUUUCGAUCCGGAGCUAAUGAGAGAGGUAUACAACAGCACAGCAACCGAGCCACCGGUUUGGUUCGGAUCGCCUCUAGAAGUACAAAGAUACAGGAGAGAUGAAUGUCCAAUGAAUAGAGACGAACUAAAAGCAAUUUGGUCGGCGCUGCAAAUUAUACUACAAGAUGGAACACUACAAAAAAGUUACGAAAAGGCCUUCGACACAAUUGCCCAAGAUUUCUUACAAAGGGUCAGCGAGUUACGUCAUUCUGGUAACGCUCUUAAUGAAGAAAUAAAUACGGAAAUGUAUCGGUGGGCGCUUGAGACUAUAGGAGUAUUGAUGUUUGGCAUACGCCUGGGAUGCUUACAAGGGCCUGUACACAUACCUUCAGAUAAUAGGCGUCCAGAGAUGACUUCAAUGGAUGACGAUAUCAAGGACCUAUGCUCCUUAUUCCAACGAAACCUGGAUGACCUGUCUCCAGCUGAACAGCUGGUGAGGUGUUCCUUGGAAAUCGCCGAUGAAAAUUACUUAGUGAGAAGUGAAAGUACGCUUAAACCAGAUUCUGAGCGAUUCAAGAAUGCUGUCUUGACUUUUGAUCGUCAUUUCAGCUUAACACAACAGUUUCUAAAGGAAGCACAAGCACGUCUCGAUAGCGGCGACAUAAAACCAGAGCAAAUACUCUUUGACAAACUAAAACCCCUUGGAGAAAAAAUGCUGCCCAUAGCCGCUGACGUCUUACUCGCUGGAGUUGAUCCACUUGCGCAAACAGCACUAAGCAUGUUCUAUCAGCUCUCACUCCACCCAGCACAACAACAGAGAGCCCACGAUGAAGUCGUUUGGUCGAAGGCGUCAAAUGACGCGGGCAUAGAGACCGGUGACCUGCCCUACAUAACUGCUUGUGUCAGAGAGGCGAUGCGGCUUAAGCCUGUUACAGGGGGAGUUGUGAGAAGAAGUAAAGAAGAGUUGGUCAUCGACGGAUAUGAGAUACCUGCUGGGGUGGACAUCGUACUGGCACACGGUGUUUCAAGUAAAACAGAGGAAGAAUGGGGCAGGGCGAAAUCAUUCAUUCCGGAUCGGUGGAUCAGCCAAGGGUGGACGCCAAUUCAAGCUUCGAGAGCCCAUUCCUUCGCUUCCCUUCCAUCUGGCCAGUCAUGUCCGGCCAAUGGUAUCAUCAGUCCCAUGCUGAUACCACUUGCAACAAGAAUGCUGGAUAAGUACAGACUAGAAUGGCACGGUCCUCAACCCAAGUUGGUGACCGGCGGGGUCAACAAGCUCCAACCACCAUACUACUUCGUGCUGCAAAAUGCUUCGUGAAAUGUGACAAAAUGUUAAGAGAAAAAGUUUAUUUGAUUAAUUCUCUAAAUAUGGGGAUGUCAAAGUUUUACAGUCGUACUCUGAGUUGUCAAUUUAACGUUCAUGGUAUAUUAAUAAUUAUAUAUCUAAAGAACUAUGCAACGAAACUGUCCGAUUACUUAACGACUGUCGGAUAUGAAAUUAGAUUUUGAGUAUGCCUGUUAUUAAGUAUUAGGCCUGGUAGAUGGCGCAUAAUUAUGAAUAUGAAAUAAUUGUAUUUUUGUAUUAAAUAAAUGAUAUUAAUAAUA